AUGCUCAGCAACGUCACCAUAUCGCUCUCCACUCAUCUCCAUGAUGCCUGCAUUCCCGGUACUGCAGGUGGAGACGCUGUUCACAUUCCGAUGAUUGGACCUCUCGGUGGUGCCAACUACACCCAGAUGGACACAACCCUCAACCAGGUGAUCUGGAGUCUGAUUCCCGCUGAAAAGAAUUGCCACCAACUGGACGCCAUUGCGAAGAAAUCCAGUGCCGCUUUUGAACGAAAGCGGAAAGCUGCCAGCGUUAUCCAGCCUGUGAAGUCGGUCGUAGCACAGCUCGAGAGCCGGAAGGACUGGGCGAACCAACAGUACUUUGCCGAGUGCCAAUGGACCCCCGCCCUGGCGGAAUACCUCUGUGCGGUAUGGGACCUGUACCCCUGGACGGCCACUCCCCUGUUGUUCUCGCCGCAGGAUGCAUUCCGCUACGGUGUCGCCCAGCUUGAGGUGGCUCUCUGGAACAACAUGUCGGUCACAUGCAUUCAACUGGGUAUGGCGACUAAACGGCUUGUCUGGUUUGACCACGCUAUCCAGUGUGCCGAAGCGGUCAUCAAUAUGCGCUACACAACACAUAAUGUGCUCAGCAAGGCGUACUCACGUGCUGCCGAAGCGCGCUCGUGGGUGAGAUAUCUGCACAAACUGCCACUGGUUCCCGAGAUGGACCCCGAAGACUCUCUCAAGACAAUGGUGGGCAAGCAGACAUACCUUGCGACACUCAUCAGACUCCGGGAGAGUCAAGUUGGUUGGGCUCAUGCAAAGUGCCAUACCAGCCACGAAGGAUGUGUUCCACAGACAUACAUCGAUACGAAUGCCGACAGUAUCACGAGGAAGGGGUUCUGGGUAGCCGUCUAG